AUGGCUGCAGUGCCGCAGAGGACGCUCAACUGGCUCUAUGGCGUCUUGACCCGAGAUCACUAUGAUCCCAGAUUAACCUACCAAGACCCCAACCGGACCUACCACGAUGUCGCGAAUGCACUUGCUCAAUAUCCAUCUCUCGCUCCUCGAACUGAGGUCUACACCUACGAAACCGGCUUCUCGGCCCUACUCCUCCAACUAUCCGGUACGCUCCCAGUGUCAUUUCGCGGCACUGUGUAUAAAUUUCCAGUCACGAUAUGGAUUUCGAAUACCUAUCCUCGAGACCCUCCAAUCGUUUACGUCACACCAACCCAAGAUAUGGCGGUGCGUGUAGGGCAGCACGUAACAUUAGAGGGGAGGGUGUACCAUCACUACUUGGCACACUGGGCUGGAGCAUGGGAGAGAUCAUCCCUCGUCGACUUCUUGUUGAUCCUGCGAGAGGUUUUCGCGAAGGAGCCGCCCGUGAGAUACAAACAACAGCCACCCGUACAGCAGCGACCACCGCAAUCAGCGCAGGUGCAGGCACCUCCUCCUCUGCCUCCUCUGCCCCCCGAGCUCGACUCAUCUCCAAGACGCCCCGCGGCGACUCAAAGCCCGUCUGUUGCGCCCAUGCAGCUCCACGCUCAUGCGCCGCCUCCGCCUCCUCCGAAACCUGGCCAAGCUCCGGGUCCAGAAUCACAGUCGCAGCGGUCCUCACCCGCAGGACGAUACGAUUCCCCUCCUCCGCUUCCUCCAUUACCACCUAAAGAACAAGACCUCCGGAGGCUGUCUUUCCAGCAACAACCAGGCACCAACGGCCCCGUGGCUCGACCUUCGCAGUAUCCUCCAGUGCACAGCAGCAUCGCUCCCCAGCCGACUGGGAACCCGUACCAACAUCCCCAGCAUGCACCUCCACCAGCGACCGGCUACCCUUCAGGACAUGCAUACGCCCAGUCUAUGAACAAUGCGCCCACAGGUCCACCACAGGACUACGGGCGCGUGCCUCAUCAGCCUGUCCCAGCUCAAGUCCCGCCACGACAGACACCUCUGGCACAUGCUGCAUACUCUCAAAGACCACUUCAGCAGGGCCACGCCCAGCCCUCGCCUCAACCCCAGUAUCAACAGCCCAUACCAGUGCAGCAGCAGCGCCCUAAAUCCGAAACGCCCGACCUUCUUACCUCGCCUUUCGAGCUCGAGCUCCCCUCAUUCACACCCACCGGCCCCGCGCCCCCGAUUCCUCCCAACCCCGAAAAAGACGCUCUCCUCCAGGCCGUCUCCAAGACGCUGUCUGAAACCUUGCAGACCAACAUUGGGCAAUCCGAAUCGGCCGCGCACUCUCUCCUCUCCCAAUCCCACUCCCUCCACGCGGCCAUCGCAACGCUUCAGGGGGAGAUCUCGUCACUGAAUGCCCUAAACGCAACUCUCCAGUCGAACACUUCCAUCCUCCAGCAGACCCUCCACCGCGCAGAUGGUGUGAUUGUCGACGCGCAGACCCGUAUCUCCUCAUUAUCAGGAGCCCCCUCCUCCAGCACUGCGGAUGCUACCGCAGCCGCAUCUGGCGGUUUACCGCCCAUCGAUGAAGUGCUCGUGGCGCCCACCGUCGUCGGCAAACAACUCUACGAUCUCGUCGCGGAGGAGCGCGGCAUUCAGCAAGCGAUCUAUGCUCUUCAGGCCGCAUUGGUGAAGGGAGUCAUCGGGGUGGAAACGUGGUCACGGCAUACACGUGGACUCGCGCGCGAAGCCUUCUUGAAGAGGGCUCUAAUCCGGAAGAUCGGGAAGGGAAUGGGGUUGGAAGUGGAGGAGGUUUUCUGA